AUGAUAACGACAUAAACCAGUGUGUUACAUUUUAAAGGAUUUAGCAUGUAUAUGGCAGCACCAUUCUCUUUGAAAAAAUAUUUGAAAUGUAAUCUUUUUUAUUUAAAAAUAAUUGAUGUCACACACAAUUCGCGUUUGAAUCGUUAGAUUUACCUUUUCACAUCACAGCAAUAUUGCAUAUAACUAUUAUAUACAUUCUACGUUAGCAGCAGGUAAACUAGUUCCUAGUCUCUCUUGAAAUAUUAGCUUUGAUUUACGCCGUUAUGUAGACAAUCUCAUGAAUCGUCAAAUCCCCGCCAACCCCAGAGAGCUUCCUUCCAGAAUAAAAAAAUACAGGGAAUUACUUUCCUAUAAAGGAUGGAAGGAAGAAGCUCGAGGGCAGUUCGCGCGCACUGAAGGGGAAUGCUUGAGGUUACGGAAUCCUGUUUCUGCCUACGCCAUGAACUUACAGGGUAUGCUAUUCAAGCUGUCUGAAGACCAUCCUAUUGCCGGUUGAGAUGCGGAAAGUGCGUGCAUGCGUGUAAGACCGACAGACAGACAGCGAGAGAGAGAGAGAGAGAGAGAGAGAGAGAGAGAGAGAGAGAGAGAGAGAGAGAGCGAGAGAGAGAGGAGGGGUAGGAAGAGAGUGUGUGUGUGAGUGAGUGAGACGGAGAGAAAGAGACAGGAUUACAGUAGUUGGAGCAGGUGAUCUUGCCAUAAACCUCCAAGGGGCUGAUCGUUAAGAUCACUGAGCACAGGAUUUUUGUCCCGACCAUGGCGCCAGCAAGCUGCCCAGCACUGCGUGCCACGCUGCCGAUGCUACUUCUCAUGGGAUGUGGCAUUACUUUUUCACUGGGACAGAAUGACACUGAACCGAUCGUUUUGGAGGGAAAGUGCUUGGUGGUUUGCGAUUCGAACCCCUCGGCUGACGGAGGGGUGACCUCCUCUCUCGGAAUAUCUGUCCGAUCUGGCAGCGCAAAGGUGGCUUUCUCCGCGGUCAGAGGAACAAAUCACGAACCUUCAGAAAUGAGCAAUAAAUCCAUGACUAUCUACUUCGACCAGGUAUUAGUUAACAUUGGCAACCAUUUCGACCUAAAAGCGAGCGUAUUCCAGGCCCCGAGGAGAGGAAUUUACAGUUUCAGCUUUCAUGUGGUCAAGGUAUAUAACAGGCAGACUAUACAGGUGAACCUGAUGCAGAAUGAAUAUCCCGUGAUAUCAGCGUUCGCCGGAGACCAGGAUGUCACCCGCGAGGCCGCCAGUAAUGGAGUUCUGCUGCAUCUGGAGCGCGAGGACAAACUCUAUUUGAAGCUGGAAAGGGGCAAUCUGAUGGGCGGAUGGAAAUAUUCUACGUUUUCUGGUUUCUUAGUGUUUCCUCUAUAAACAUCGACUUUGUUUCAACCGACUCUUCUACGACCGAAGGUCAAGUACAUAUAGCCUACUAUUCAUUUGAAAAGAAAGAAAAGAAACAAAACAAAAUAAACAAAAAAAUAAAACACAAAAACUGCCAAAGAAGCAGAACGACAUCGACAUAAUUAAAUAUCUACGUUGAAUAGUGGCAUUUCCUUGGAGCCCGCACUCCCAAAUAAUUUCAGAUUUUUGUUAUGGCUUGGAUAAUGAACCUGUUCGCAUUUACAAACAGUGAAGCUCGAUAUUCAUGCUCGGGAUUGUAUUGCUGGGAAAUCGGUUAAGUUUCUGUCUACAGACUAUACGGCGGACAGAUGAACAAACAAGAGUGUGCACCAAGCCGACGAAUUACAACCAAGAACCGUCAUACCUUUGUUACCAUGCUUUAUUUUUUGUGUCUGUGCAGUCUUUAAGAAAAACGGCCUCCGUCAAGUAAAAUGUGUGGAUAUCUGGACGUUCAUGUGACAAGAAGUGCUUUACUGACAAAAGCAAAGUUUGCACGAAUGGAAGAUGUUUUGCUUUGUUCUGUGUUGUUCCUGGUGUUUCUCCUGGAUGCCAAGCAUAUUGGAAACAAUUCAAAUGUUAAUAAGACGCAUACUAUUUAAAGUGAUUGUUGAAAAAAAUAGAGAAAAAACAAACUGCGUCAUAUUUCUGUUAAUGGAGACAUAUUAAACAUUGGAAAAACUAUUUUGCUAAAACAUUAAUCUAAUUUAUAAAAUAUAUAUAUACAAAUAUCGUCUACGGUACGUUUCGGAUAUGCGUAGCUAGCUUUGAUUUAUUUGUUCAGUAACGUUGCUCUUAAAUGUUUAACUAUGUUGUGAAAGAGCUACAGAAAAUCCUAUAACAUUAGGCCUAAAUGAUAAUAAACUAUCGUAUUGUUAUGCUUAUCUACUUCCUUUCGUUUUUCCCUACACUCAUUUGCUAAUCAAGUUUAGACUACGUUAAUGCACUUUUUUUGAAGGGCGCUUUCCCUCUGAAAUCGUACAAACAAUGACAUUGCGAAUUGCAUCACUAACAUUAAUUAGCCGUACAUAUACCUGUUCUAAUUAAAUUUAAUUGUAGAAAAACAGCUAUUUUUAACCUGGGGGUUGACUGGUCCCAACAGCAAGGGAAAGUAACAUCGGCUCACGUGGUCCUGUCCAUGGUCCUGAAGCAGCAAUCUUAUUGUGCCUGCUUUUUGUGCUUUUAGAGCACGAGGAAGCCAUUACCAGCGCAUUAUACAAAUCAAAUCAAGUAUUAUAAUUAUUAUUUUUAGUAGUAGUAGUAUGGUAAUAGGCAUUUAAUUAAUAACUGUUCAUGUACAAUAGUAAAAUAAAUACAUUAAGCACAUCUUUUAAAGUUAACACGCAACUACAAAUUCCAGAACAUGCCUGAUUCUAAUCAAAAUUCUAGGUCAAUUCCAGAAGACAAAAGUUCAAAAUUAGCAAACUUGUAACAUUUAGAAACCUUUUGAUAACCGUUUCACGGUGUGUCUUUCGCGACAACAGACGGCGACAAGGAUGUUUAGUCUGAACUGCAAAAGCAACCACGGAGGAAUUAAACAUAAUUUAAAAAUCCACAAUGUACGGCACAACCCUUUCUGCCAUAACGCAACUCUGUAUACAGCUCAAUGCAUUUCAUAGGUACUAUGCAGUCACAUUGAAUAGGGUUCUAGAAUAGGCAUGCUGAUUUUUGCCUGUGUGUGUCAUCUGAACUUGGGCAAUGUGCCCCACUGACAACAUAGCCACGGGAGCCAGAACACUUUGUGUAAUUGAGUGGCCUGCGUUUUUUGAUGCAAUGUACUUACAGAUGAAUUGACCUGAAUUAUUAUUUUAUUUUUUUGAUUGCCUCGAUUCAUGAAACAGCUUCACUUAUAAUGUGUGGCACAGAAUGCCAAUAUACAGUGUAAUCUCAGCAAAAUAUCUGCACAUGCCAAUAGAUAAACCAUUCUUAUGUGACAUUUGUUAUAUUAUGUACCAAACAAUUCUGUGGUCAGAUGUUGUUCAAAACAGACAUACCACUUGUUUACAAUGACAUUUUAAAUGAGCAUGCAUUUAUUUAUUGUAUUUAGUAGCGAAGUAAAUAAAUAAAUCAGGAGGAUACA